UGCUGGGCCGGUGAGCGCAGGCCGCCUGCUGGGUACGGAGCGGGACGGCGUGCACUCCCGGCCCUGCUAGGCCGCACGAAACGGGCGCGGGAGCCGGGCGGUGUAGCUGUGGGACGGGGAAGGACCCAGAUCCCUGCGCCGGGCUGAGCCGUCUCGGGUCUCUGGGGCGACGCACCGGGAGGAGUAGGGCGUCGGAUUGAACGCCUUCCCCAAGGCCGGGAGGAGCCGUGCGGGGGCGUCUUCGGGAAACGCAGGGACCGCAGGCCGCCUGGAGCGGGUGGCGGCCUCCGCACAGAGGCUCCUCCCCUGGUGACCACACUGGCUGCUUUCGUUUCCUCUCGUGACAGGUGCUCGGUUGGUCUGUCCUGUUACAGCGAGGUGGUCUUCUGCCUGGCCCAGCGCCAUGCACACACUUGUGUUCUUGAGCACGAGGCAGGUGCUCCAGUGCCAGCCUGCCGCCUGCCAAGCCCUGCCCCUGCUGCCACGCGAGCUCUUCCCCCUGCUGUUCAAGGUGGCCUUCAUGGACAAGAAGACUGUUGUGUUACGCGAGCUGGUGCACACGUGGCCCUUCCCCCUGCUCAGCUUCCAGCAACUGCUGCAGGAGUGCGCCCACUGCAGUCGGGCCCUGCUGCAGGAGCGGCCCAGCACAGAGAGCAUGCAGGCUGUGAUCCUGGGGCUCACAGCCCGGCUCCACACCCCAGAGGCUGAGGCCGGGACACAGCCCUACUGCAGGAAGCAUGCACUGCGGGUGCUGGACAUGACGGGCCUCCUGGACGACGGUGUGGAGCAGGACCCUGGCACCAUGAGCAUGUGGGACUGCACAGCAGCUGUGGCCCGUACGUGCAUUGCACAGCAACAAGGUGUGACUGUGGAGCACGGGCUGGCCCCUGUUCCUGUGGAGGUGCGAGUGGACCUUCGGGUGAACCGGGCCUCUUAUGCAUUCCUUCGAGAGGCCCUCCGUAGCAGUGCAGGCAGCCCACUGCGGCUCUGCUGCCGGGAUCUGCGGGCAGAGGACCUGCCCAUGCGAAACACUGUGGCCCUGCUGCAGCUUCUGGAUGCAGGCUGCCUGCGCCGCGUGGACCUGCGCUUCAACAACUUGGGCCUGCGUGGUUUGUCUGUCAUCAUCCCACAUGUGGCCCGCUUUCAGCACUUGGCUAGCCUUCGGCUGCACUAUGUGCAUGGGGACUCGAGACAGCCUUCCGUGGAUGGUGAGGACAAUUUCCGCUACUUCCUGGCCCAGAUGGGCCGUUUCACCUGUCUGCGGGAGCUCAGCAUGGGCUCCUCUCUCCUCUCAGGGCGGCUGGACCAGCUGCUCAGUACCCUGCAGAGCCCCCUGGAGAGCCUGGAGCUGGCCUUCUGUGCUCUGCUGCCUGAGGAUCUGCGCUUCCUGGCACAGAGCCCCCAUGCUGUCCACCUCAAGAAGUUGGACUUGAGUGGCAACGACCUGUCUGGCAGCCAGCUGGAGCCUUUUCAGGGUUUGCUGCAGGCGGCAGCAGCCACACUGCUGCACCUCGAGCUGACCGAAUGCCAACUUGCUGAUACUCAGCUGCUGGCCACACUGCCUGUGCUGACCCGCUGUGCGAGCCUCCGCUACCUCGGCCUCUAUGGCAACCCGCUGUCCAUGGCGGGCCUCAAAGAGCUCCUGCGGGACUCAGCGGUGCAGGCUGAGCUGCGCACGGUGGUGCACCCCUUCCCUGUAGACUGCUACGAGGGCCUUCCCUGGCCACCACCUGCCUCUGUUCUGCUGGAGGCCUCCAUCAAUGAAGAGAAAUUUGCCCGUGUGGAGGCUGAGUUACACCAGCUACUGCUGGCCUCGGGCCGUGCCCACGUGGUCUGGACCACGGACAUCUACGGGCGCUUGGCUGCAGACUACUUCAGUUUGUGACCUCUGGGUUCUGGAUGAGAAACAGGCUGUCCUGGAGUCCAGGGCUGCUGGAGGCCCCUCCCCCUCCUCGGUAGGCAGAGCCUUGGCUAGGACUCCGCUACAAGUCUGACACAAAGGCACUGGUGUCUGAUUUCCUUGCCCCUUGGGUGCACCUUGAAUGCACCUUGUGCAUUCUGCAGUGCCGUUCGCAGUUUGCCCUGUACCUGCUCCCCUGACUACUCACAUGUCUAUGGGCCAGAUCUGGAUUCCAGGCCUGUCCAGCCCUGCUUGGUUAGGCUGCACUUGGCUACCCUGUGGCGUCCUGGUCCUCUUUAGAAUGUUCCUUGGGUCCCAUCUCUGAGCUGAGUUGAAGUUAGGACAAGAGCCUUCUUCAAGGAGGGUUAGGUCCUCUUGCAGUUGGGCCUGUCAUGGUUUUCUCCGCCCUGGCACCCAGGAGACUGUCGGCUGGGCUUUGGGGCCAGAGGAUGUCAUUAAGGUACAAAUGUGCACUGUGUUUUGAACUUAAA